AGUAUUUCGUCUCCCCAUCUCAACGUGUUGUUGGUUUUCAUUCCUUUCUCAAAUCCAAUUUCUCUCUCUAUAUAUCUUCGUUAACAUGCGUUCUGGUCUGUCUUUGUUGUUGUGCGUGGCAGCUACAACGCUAGCCGCACCCCUCGAAAAGCGCGCAGAUCGUACCCAAGCACCUGCGGGAUGUCUUGAAGUCGGUGGCUCAGGCCUAUACAAAACCGUUCAGUCUGCGGUCGAUGCACUUUCUAAGUCGACUACUACAUCGCAAUGCGUGUUUGUCAACCCGGGUACCUACCAGGAGCAGGUCGUAGUCAGCGGUUUCAAGUCUCCCAUCGUCCUAUACGGUUACACUACAGACACUUCAAGCUACACUGGGAACAAAGUGACCAUUACCCAGUCUAAAAGUCAGAUGGACGGAAUCGGCAAUGAUGCGACUGCCACUUUGCGCGCCGCAACUCCAAAUCUCAAGGUUUACAAUAUCAACUUUGUGAACUCGUACGGAAAGGGCUCUCAAGCUGUCGCUGUUAGUGCUUCCAAGGACAAACAAGGCUACUAUGGCGUGUCUAUGAAGGGAUUCCAGGAUACCCUUCUUGCAAACGAGGGUAAUCAAAUCUACGCCAAAAGCUUCAUUGAGGGCGCAACGGACUUCAUCUUUGGUCAGAGAGCUACGGCUUGGUUUGAUGGCGUAACCAUCAAUGUUGUUUCCGCCGGCAUCGGUUACAUCACUGCGAAUGGACGAGACAGCGAUUCCAACCCCUCGUAUUAUGUUAUCAACAAGUCUACCGUCACUGGCAACUCGGGUGCGGGAACUUAUUACCUUGGGCGCCCCUGGAGGAACUACUCUCGCGUGGUCUUCCAGAACACUGCUUUGAGCAACGUUAUUAAUGGGGCUGGCUGGAGCACCUGGCAAUCGGCCGACCCAAGGACUGAUAAGGUUACUUAUGGCGAAUUCGGAAACACGGGUGAUGGCGCAAGAGGAACACGCGCAAACUUCUCCAAGAAGCUAUCUUCUGCUGUGUCCAUUGAGACCAUCCUCGGAAGUUCUUACAGAGACUGGGUAGACACCAGCUAUCUCUCUUAAUUUCUCUUCGAGCCUUCACAAAUCAACAUUUCACCUUCUUGAAACGCACGUUCUUUCCUGCGCUUGAUUGACCAUGCGGCCUGUGUCAUUUCCUCGAUAGCCCAUGCGUUCUGUAUAUAUCCUACAAAUGCUGAAUCGCGAAUUAUCCCGGGAAUUCUACCGCGCCGUGCUCUGCAUUCGGCCCGAUCUAGACCUACCACUCAAUAUCUUUCAUUUGUGUGCGCAUUGAUAACAUUUUAGCAUCUGCAGAGGGAGGAAAGAUAAACACAACUGAUGACCGCGAAGCAUCGCAAUCCGGUUAGUAGUAUGCCUUAUACAGGUACCAAGAAUGGUAUCAGUGGGAACUUGCAGAUUCUCUAAAAUCGAUUGAUACAUGCCAUGCACCAGCCCCACCCUUUUCUCCAAGAUUCACGCCCUACCACGUGCAUCAUGCUUUGGCUUCAUACACUAAACCAUCGCCUACCACACUUGCGAUUUUAUACAGCAGCUAUAUCUCUGAUAAUAUAUCAUGUAGAAGUUUUGCUACUUGAAUGUACCCGCCCGUAUACAGGAGAAUACCCUCGGCUCCUUCGCUUGAAAGCUAUCCCGAACUCAGCACCAGUGCACGUACGCCAAGCCGCACUCCGUCAUAAAAAACCCCGGAUUCACUCUCCCGACCCCGCUAAUUGGCAGAUU